UCUCCAUAGUAACAGUGACAAAACACAUGGGGAUGAGUGAAGUUACAAAAAAAAAGGCAGAGAAACUUAUGCGCCAGAUAAAAAGGUACAUAUCUCCUCAAGGACAGCCUUGGAGAGAGAGGAGAAGGCAGAGGAACGAAGAGACAGCACAAACAAACUGAUUUGAAUAUAUUCUGAGACAGCCCACGGGGGUCCAGGCAAAUGAGGUAGCUGCAGCAGAAGGAGAAGAAGAGCUUUUUGAAGGAGAAAGGAGAGGAGAAACUGCUGGAGAAGUGGGACGAAUGACCCAUCCUGAACGGGUCCCUCAAAAAAAGUGCAGAGGAGCGGGAAUUUUUGACUUACACACGUAUACACAAGAAUUUACCUGCCUGCACAGGGCUGUGCCAGCUGCUGGACCCCGGUCAACGCUCAUUUCCCCAGAGACGGCAGCAUGAACCCUGAAACUCCAUACGACGACACCGUGUCCACCAUGAUGCUGGAGAACAUCAAGAACAAGCUGAUCCAUGCUUUCAGGGCUAACGGAGAGCCUCUGGCCCCUUCUGCACCGGGGGCGGACGCCGUAAGCAACAUUAACAAGAACUUCCAAGCCAAUGAAGAACUCCGCAGAGCAAAGAUAGAUGGAGCCAUAACCUGGCUAAGGUCAGAGCUGCUGGAGAUGCGAUCUCAGGACCAACAGCUGGCCAGGACUCUGCUGGGUCUGAACAGCGAAAUUCAGAGGCUUCGCAGGGAGAGCGGGCCAAUAGCCCUGCAGGCUGAUGGAAGAGACCAGGUCUGACCUCCAGCAGGACCAUUCAGGAAAGUCUGGCGCAACGAAGCCCCGCAACUGUCCCGGCGGCGGUCUGCACCGGCAUCAACGCUUUCCCCACGGUACUCUACUGCCAUGUGAUGAGUUGCACCCUAGGCCAGAGGAGUUUCCUCACUUUACAGCAGCCGCACGGACACAUGACUGAUGUCGACUUUCCGAAAAAGACUCCUCUCUUCCUGCUGUCCUGAACAAAACUCCGGCGGUUUCCCUUCACGUACUUACUUAAAGACUUGUCUGCUAUGAAGAUGUCACUUAAUUCAAAGUUUGUACUGCAAAUAAAAGCAUGCCAAAUCCUUUCUCUGUUCUAGCACUUGAGUGCUAAUAGUAAAAACGUCCAAAAAUGUCCAAACACAUAUGAAAUGGUGCUUUUCUCCGGACACAUUUUAUUUCGUGGUGAUGCUGAAAAUCAUGUAUAUUUAAAUUCAGUAUUUCAUUGAAAAGUGUAGAAGAGUUUCAAUGUUACCACGUUAUUGGGACUUGCGCACAGUUGUAUAAUGAGAUGUAUUUGCACAUUGUCCGUUGGCCGCGGCCGUCCGGUGCACUGUGACGAAAUAAAGGUUAAUAAAAGACAGCUCGCGGGGAGUUCCCGCAGUGACACAGCCGAGUUUCGCAGUCUUUAUUACAGAGGUGAGGCGUACCACAAAGGAGCACUUGUCUGCUACAGGGUUACACAAGGCUGUGGACACAGGUCCACUUGUCAGGGUGGGAGAGGAGGAUUUCAAGGGGGUCAGAUCAACAAAAGUGCCCCAUGGGCUCGACUGAUGGCGUCUCCAGUCACACAAAAGUACCGUGGGACUGCCAGUUUUCACGGGGCCGUGAUAAAAUUAAUACUACAAUACAUUUUUAGAAGUUCUGGGAUACAAAGGAUGAAGAUGUAGACGUGCUGUAUAUACAUAUACAUAUAUAUAUAUAUAUAUACAUACACUGUGUAUACUGUAU